AUGACACAGGCAUCUAAAGCUUCCGAAUCGUCAAAGUCCAGCACUAAGGCUGAGUCAUCAGUGCCACCAGCUUCUCUAGUGCCUGUCCAGCCAACCGCUUUGUCUUCAAAGGAUAAAACAACACAGAGACUGAUCGUUGUUCUUGCUCAAGCAUGUCUAGAAACUCACAAGAUCAGCACAGGAGGAGGCCCUGGAACAGACAAGUACGCUCUUUUGAACUGUGACGACCACCAAGGAUUGCUGCGGAAGAUGGGAAGAGACAUUUCUGGCGCAAGACCAGAUAUCACUCAUCAGUGUCUCUUGACGCUAUUGGACUCACCAAUCAAUAAGGCCGGCAAGUUGCAGGUCUACAUUCAAACUGCCAAGGGAGUAUUGAUAGAAGUGAACCCAUCGGUGCGAAUUCCAAGAACUUUCAAGCGUUUCUCUGGCCUGAUGGUGCAGCUUUUGCACAAACUGUCAAUCAGAUCGGUCAACUCUGAAGAAAAACUUCUCAAAGUGAUCAAGAACCCAAUCACCGAUCACCUACCAACCAAGUGCCGCAAGAUCACUUUGUCCUAUGACGCUCCAGUCGUUAGAGUGCAAGACUAUAUCACAAAGCUCGAGUCCGACGAGAGUAUCUGCGUUUUCGUUGGUGCCAUGGCACGUGGUAAAGAUAACUUUGCCGACGAGUACGUUGACGAGAAGAUCGGUUUGUCUGAAUACCCGCUGUCUGCAUCUGUUGCAUGCAGCAAGUUCUGCCAUGGUGCUGAAGACGCUUGGGAUAUUUUCUGA